CGUGCGGCGGAGCCGAGGAGGGAUGCCAUCCUCCUCACUACACCUGUGCUGCCGCCUCCUGGACGGACGCGACUCCUUUGCAGCGACUGUACUAUAAGUGAACGGACAGCUUAUGAGCCCCACUCAAAGCGAGAGAACCACACGCGAGGAGCGGGAUGGCGAAGAUACGAGCGCUGCACCUCCGCGUCCUUCUCUCGGCUCUGCUCCUGGUCGCCGGCCCCGCGUCGGUGCGGGCGAACCGAGGGGCGACGUCGCUCCAGGACGAGGAGAGGGACAAGGAGAGCGACGCGGAGACGCCAUGUGAGGUGAAAACCGUCACCGUCUCCACGCUGCCCGUGCUCCGCGAGAACGAGUUCAGCUUCACCGGCGGAGCCUCGGGGAACGUGGCCGGUGGUGGAGGAGACGGAGGAGGGGGUGCUGCCGCUGCCGCUGGAGCAGGUGGUGGUGCUGGUGGAGGAGGAACUGGAGGAGGAACUGGAGGAGGAGGAGCAGGAGGAGGGGGGGAAUCUAGACUCCUGUUAUUCGUUAGAACAGACCUACCUGGGCGAAUUUCCGUAAUGGAUGAUCUUGACAACACAGCUCUCCCCUACUUCACUCUCGAGAUGUCAGGGACGGGAGAAGAUAUUUCACAGGUGCACUGGAAGCAGCAGUGGUUGGAAAAUGGGACUCUGUACUUCCACGUGUCCAUGACCGAGUCUGAGCUUCUAGCACAGACGACACAACCCACGGCUAGAGAGCCUGCUCAUGUCCUGCAUGAACACAUGCAUCUGCUGCACAUCUCAGUUAUGGGAGGCCUCAUCGCCCUCCUCCUCCUGAUCCUCCUCUUCACCCUCGUCCUCUACACCCGCCACCGAUGGUGCAAGCGUCGCCGCAUCCCACAAAAGAGCGCCAGCACCGAGGCCACCCACGAGAUCCACUACAUCCCCUCCGUUCUGCUCGGACCGCAGGGCCGCGACAGCUACCGGGGUUCCAGAAACACCCACCAGCACAGCAGCUCUGUCAUUGGAAUGCCCAUCCGGGAGACCCCAAUACUCGAUGACUAUGACUGUGAUGAAGACGACCAAUGUGGACAUUCACUGAACUCCACACCCAACCAGCUCCACAACAAGCUGAGCGAUGGGAAAGUCCUGGAUGACUAUGGAGUCAACAUCAGCAUCGGAGGACAUGCGGACAUGAUGUGCAAGGAGGACGAUACUAAGCAUAAUUUUGAAAAACGAGCCAUUGACCCAAACACAGAGUCAGUGGAGGAUUUGAUGCAGAGGUUCCAGGACGGUUUCCGUGUUCCGACGCCAACAGACAUGUCUCACUACCAGCAUGUCAUGCACAGCUCAUCGACAGGCCGCCGGAGGGUCCCCAGCCACACCAGAGCAACCGGAGGUGUGUUCGGUCCUCAAGGAGAAUCAGGGUCGGAGCCCGAAGACGACAACCAAAUGAAGUUUUACACAGAGCAGCACAGAGGACGAAGACGCAGCAAAGGCCACCCACACAGUCCUCUAAAUAAGGUCACCCUGACGCUGAUUACCAUCAGCACAUGUGUCAUUGCCAUUGUCUAUGCGACGCAGGAUUCCUGCCCCCUCACUGUCAAGGUUACCCUCCAUGUGCCUGAGCAUUUUGUCGCGGAUGGAAGUAGCUUUGUGGUGAGCAUGGGCAGUUUCCUGGAUGUUUCUAAUUGGCUAAAUCCAGCCAAGCUGACUCUCUACUAUCAGACCAAUUCAUCCACACAGUGGGUCCGAGACUACUGUGGCCAGAGGACCACUGAGCCCUGCGAACAGAUUUGUGACCAGGAUACAGGAGAAUGCAGCUGUCAUGAGGGUUAUUCCCCUGAUCCUGUCUAUAAACACCUCUGCGUUCGCAGCGACUGGGGUCGCAACGAAGGUCCUUGGCCAUAUGCUAACUUGGAGAAAGGCUAUGACCUAGUUACAGGAGAGCAGGCCCCAGAGAGGAUCUUCAGAUCAUUCUACAGUCUGGGCCAAGGAUUGUGGCUGCCAGUCAGCAAAAGCUUUGUCGUGCCACCAGUGGAGCUGUCAAUCAACCCCAUUGCCAGCUGCAAGACGGACGUGUUGGUUACCGAAGAUCCAGGGGAGGUCAGAGAGGAGGCCAUGAUGUCGACAUAUUUCGAGACAGUAGAGGACCUGCUGGCUUCUUUCGGGCCUGUCCGUGACUGCUCCAAAGAUAACGGUGGCUGCAAGAAGAAUUUCAAGUGCGUGUCUGAUCGACAGUUAGAAUCAUCCGGCUGCAUGUGUCCUGAGGGGCUGAGGCCAAUGAAGGAUGGCUCAGGUUGCUAUGACUACUCCAGGGGCAUUGACUGCACGGAUGGCUUCAAUGGAGGCUGUGAACAGCUGUGUCUCCAGCAGCUCGUGCCUCUUGAAGAUGACCCCGGUUCUAGCAAUGUGCUCAUGUUUUGCGGGUGUGUGCAGGAGUAUAAGUUGGCUGGAGACGGGCGCUCCUGCCUCCUGCAGUCAGACAACUGUGAGGGACCAAAGUGCCCAAGGCAGGAUGUCCGCUUCAAUGACACCCUGUUUGGUGAGAUGCUGCAUGGAUACAACAACAAAACCCUGCAAGUCAACUUGGGACAGAUUUUCCAAAUGACCUUCAGGGACAACAACUUCAUUAAGGACUUUCCCCAGCUAGCUGAUGGUCUCAUGGUCAUCCCCUUACCGGUGGAGGAACAGUGUCGAGGGGUUUUGUCAGAACCGCUGCCCAACCUGCAGCUCCUCACAGGUGAUGCCCAGUUCAGUGAGGCGGUGGGAUAUCCCAUGGUGCAACAGUGGAGAGUACGCAGCAAUCUGUACAAAGUCAAACUCAGCUCCAUUACCUUAUCUGUAGGCUUUUCCAAGGUGUUAAAAACGCUGUCGGCGGAGAGCACGCGUGAGGAGCUGCUCACUUUUCUCCAGCAAUACGGCAGCCAUUACGUGUCCGAGGCCCUGUAUGGCUCUGAGCUCAGCUGCAGCAUCUAUUUCCCCAGCAAGAAGGCCCAGCAGCAGCUCUGGCUGCAGUACCAGAAAGAGGCAACAGACCAGGGAGUUGGUGGAGGUGGGCGGCGUGAGCUGAAGUCAGUCCCCUUCAUCAGCUACCUGUCGGCACUGCAGAAGAGCCAGCUGUUGUCUGAUGACAUGGUGAAUGGCGUGGAGAUCCGCUGCGAGGAGAAGGGCAGCUGUCCAGCUGGCUGCCACCUGUGCCAUCACCAGGCCAUGAUGGGGGGAGUGUCAGGCAGAGGCCACAGUGGUAACAGCAGGAGUGGAGAACAGCCUUCCCCCAUCCCUGUUCUGCUGGAAGUCAGCCGCGUCGUGCCCCUUUACAGCCUGGUCCAAGACAACGUCACCAAAGAGGCCUUCAAGAGCGCCACAAUGAGCUCAUACUGGUGUGCUGGAAAGGGCGAUGUCAUUGAUAACUGGUGUCGCUGUGACCUGAGUGCCUUCAGCAAAGAUGGCCUGCCUAACUGCAGUCCCCUCAGGCAGCCAAUUUUGCGUCUAGCCCCUUACCUGGAGCCCUCGAGCACAAUGGUGGCCCUGGAGUGGAUGGAUGUGGAGCCUCUGAUCGGCUGCAAAGUUUCUGACUACAUCAUCCAACAUAAACGAGUGGAGGAUCCCUCAGAGGCUGAGGUCUACACAGGUGAGGUUCUGAGCUUGAUGGAUGAUCUGUUCUCCGGCUUGGGUUCGUCCUGUGUUGUUGCCGGGAGGAGGAGCGGAGACCAUCCCCACUCUGUGCUAUAUUCAGUGGUCUUCAAGUGCCUGGAACCCGACAGCCUCUACAAGUUUACUCUCUAUGCAGUGGACAGCCGAGGCAGUCACUCUGAGUCAAGCUUUGUCUCUGUACGAACAUCUUGUCCAGUGGUGGAUGAUAGUCGGGCUGAAGAAAUAGCAGAUAAGGUGUACAACUUGUACAACGGCUACACCAGCGGUAAGGAGCAACAGAUGGCCUACAAUACGCUGAUGGAGAUUCCUCCUCCGCUGCUAUACAGAGUCCAGCACCACUACAACUCCCACUACGAGAAGUUUGGAGACUUCGUCUGGCGGAGCGAGGAUGAGCUGGGCCCCAGAAAAGCCAACCUGAUACUACGCAGGGUGGAGAAGAUCAGCCUCUACUGCCGCUCCCUCCUGCGCAGCACCCACAUCCAGAGCCGCACCGACACCAUGGCGUACGUCUACUGCCGGAGCGAAGAGGGACGACCUCCCAGUAACAUGUGGCACGGCUCUUUACACGACAGUCGCACCAUGUGCAUGGAAAAGCUCAUUUCUGUACAGCGCAACACAUACAGCAACACCAAACUCCGAUGAGACAGGAGUUCAGAGACAGGCAGUGCGUCUUUUCUUUGUCGUCCUGCAAAAUGACAUCAUUGAUUGAUGUACCUCCUCUGUACACUCUGCAGCGAGUGUCUCUCACAUGACUGGUAUAUUUUGAAAGCCAGGAGAGGCCAAAAAAACAAAAAAAAAAAAAAGGAAAAACCCUCCGACAUCACUGGACAUUGUGUUAAAGCUACCGAAAAACAUAUUUUUGUGUGGCCUACUUUUAUUAUAAGACAGAAGAUUCUAAAACAAAAAAUGAAAGAAAACAACUCGACGGAGCGGCUAUAUUUCUCAACUGCAAAAUGCCAGUGAUUGCACAUAUCAGUGAGAAACUGCAGUGUGAACAUGUAAAAUAUCAUUCAGCCAAAAGAAAGCUGGUUGGCUUAAAUCCUUUGAAUGUAAUAUUGUAGUUCCUUUUCGGUGCUUUGACGCUUACCUGGAACAAAAAGAGAGAAAAAAAGGAAAAAUCAAUAGUAUAACUUAUUUGCCUUUACUACUUUCAUUUGAAAGGAGAAACUGAAAUGUGUUAAAGCCAUUUUGAAAUUCACUUACUUGUUUUCAAGUUCACAUUUAUUUAAAAAAAAGAAAAAAGAAAAAAGCUUUGCUUCAGGAAUUUAAAAUCAGUAAGUGAGAACCUAUGUAGUUAGUCUUUUAUGACAUUUGAUAGAUUCAGUUGAAAUAGCAAAAGCUUUGUGUGGCAACAGUAUUGAUAAAUAGGCUUUUCUACCAGCCUGAUGAAAUUAUGCAAAGACAGAGUAGGUGGCAUUUGAACAUUAUAUUCAUUCAUAGCCUUUUAGUUCAGCUUUAAUUUCAGUGCUGAAGUGUAGAAAUCAUUUUGUUAUCUGCCUUUUUAGUACUACAAUAUCCAAAAUUAAUACUGUUAAACAUAUAACAACUAAUUUCAAGGAUUUUUAUGGACCUGAUCUCAGAUUUAUUAUACACCCCAGACAAAGAAUGCUUUUGCCACACUAAAGUAUACAUUUAUGUAAUAUGAUGAGUUUUGGUAUGAGCACACCAACUGUUACUGUAAAAAACAUCAAUCAGAUGUUAUAGUAAGAUUUAAAAUUUCUGCAAGUUCGUAUAAGAUGCUUGGAGUCGGAAUGUUAUUACUGUGCACAAGAAAUCAGUUGACAAGUUCUGCAAGUUAAAAAUAGAUCUGCCAUAAGAUAAAGAUAAGAGGAGCAGUGUUAGACACAAUAUUACAGUCACCAAAUUGUAACAAAUGCUUGAAAAUGAGACCAGAACUAGGACUCAAUAUGUAGUGUGGUUUUGAAAAGUUCCCCUUGCAAAACCGGGAUUUAACGCUCUUUCAUAUCAGUGUACGCUCACAUGGCAAGGAGGAUAAUAAGAGUAAUUUUGAGCACCGCUUUCAGGCAGUCAAACAGUUUCUGUCAAUGCAGCUGUAAACUUGAGGUACUGUACACUGAAUUGUGAGGAGUCAGUGAUUGUAGGGAUCACCAGUGGUCCUUUUAACCCUCUUAUUUUUCAAACUUCAAAGCCAUGGAUAUUGUUUUAACGAAGACAAACAAUGCCUUUUUUUCAAUAUGUUCAUCUCAUGUUAUAUGAAUUGUGAUAAUAAAUUAUUAUAUUGUACAUUUUCAAUUGUAAAAUCAACGAUAUCUGUAUUAUUAUGUGGCUUUGAUUGUCUUUUUCUGAAGAAUGUGAAAUAUUAAAAAUGUAUAGAAAACCAGAAGGCUUUUCUUUCCUCGCUACAACAGCUGUGCAGCAUACCUAUUUGAUUACUACAAGUGGCAAAAUAAUUCCAAUCCCCCCUCAAUAAACAAUGCUUCCCAAAAUUGUUUGCCACAUCUGCAGAUGAAAUGUUUUCCUUGUGUAUUUACUAUUGAUUUUCUGUGAAGUUUUCCCAGUUUUCAUCAUCAUUGGUUAUUUUCCACCUGUUAGUUAUUUUCCUGAUGUGCCACUGUAUGGUUUUAAUUAAAAAAUACUUUACUUUAGAAUCACAAA